AUGCCCGCUAUCAUCAACGAUCCGGACACCCCAACCAUCUACCGGGUCUCGGGGGAUGCUCCGUUUCCGGACCCCGCCAACCCGGCCGUACCGCCCGCCAUCCAGCCCCGCCAGGUGACGCUGCGUGACCGCCUGACGGUUGCGACGAUCGUCCCGGUUGCUUCGCGGGAUGAUGUACCCGAGUCUCUUCUGCGCUAUCUCAGCGACCAGUUCAACAAGGAGAUUGAGGGUGGUGACACCUACCCCAUACUAGAACCCAUGACCCCCGCCAAAUUUGCCGCGUACUGGUUUCAGAACUUUGGUGGUAUCAUGUUGCUCGGCCACCUCGAGAGUGCCGCUGAGGUCGUUGAGGGCAUGGACUGGUCCAAGGAGUGCCUCGGUACCUUUUACAUUAGACCCAAUUACCCCGGCCGCAGCAGCCACAUAUCCAACGCCGGUUUCAUUGUCACAGACGCCUCCCGUAACCGCGGCGUGGGCCGGCUGCUGGGUGAAUCGUACCUGGAUUGGGCCCCAAAGCUGGGAUACAAGUACGCUAUUUUCAACCUCGUGUACGAGACCAAUGUUGCCUCGUGCAAACUCUGGGACGGUUUAGGCUUCAAGCGCAUCGGGCGUGUCAAGGGGGCCGGUAACCUCAAAAGCCAUCCGGACCGCCUCGUGGACGCUAUCAUAUACGGACGCGAUCUAGGCGAUGCGGCGGGGGGUGUCGGCGGUGAGGAGCUUGUGAGUGAAGAGCGUUUCGACAAGAUCAAGUUCUACCUCAAGUACGGCCGAUAUCCCACCGGCGCUGAUCGAGCCGAGAAAAGUAGGCUGCGUAGUGCCGCAACUCACUACAAGCUCCUGGACGGCGAUGUCUUGAUGCUCAAGGACAAAGAAGUCAUCUCAGACCCCCAGCGCCAGUACGAAAUCGCCAGGAUGGUGCACAACCAAGCGCAUGGCGGCAUCAACAAGACCACAGCAACCAUUGCCGAGCGGUACCACUGGAGCCGUAUCAAGGAGACGGUCUCGGACGUGAUCAGGAACUGUCCUGAAUGCAAAGACGCGAACAAAACCUCUGCUCCAGGCAUGCAGCCCUCUCUCGGCUCCGGUGUCAUGAACGGCCUAAAACGGGCGAACCCAAGUCCCGCCUCUGGCUCUGCUUCCAAGCGCGCGUCCCCGAGUCCGUCAGCCCCCGGCCCUGCCUUAGAGUUUACGACGGGAGGCGAGAGGCCGUCUAUCUCAGAUCCGUCACCGCUCUCGGCGUUUUCUGUCUCCUCUCACCACCAUUUCGCGGACCCCAGCGCUAUCUCCAUACUUUCAGACCCCCAACACCACCACUCUCUGACAUCGCCAACCCGCGCUCCUCUGGCCGGCCAUGAUGCUAUGACCAGAGAUGCCCACAAUCCGAUGCUACAGUCGCUCCACCCUCACCAUCACCCACCACCAUCAGGCCAUCCAGUCACGAUUUCAGGUCUCGACGCGGGCCCUCAUCCAAUACCAGUCCCGGACUUUCAGCCCAUCGACCCGCAAAUCAUCGCCCAGUCCACGGCCACCGCUGGCUUACACCACCAUCAGACACACCAUCAUCACCAUCAUCAUCAUCCACACGCCCACGACCCAUACCCAUUUUCUCAUCCUUCCCCGCCAUCCCACCAUAAUCACGAUCACCACCAUCACGACCCAGACCCCGACGCCGAUGUGGAGACUUUCCAAGCCCUACUUAACGCCGCAGUCACAGAUGACGAGGACGAUGAUCCGGCCGCCGUGGAUCACGCUCUAUCCGUAGGAGCGAGAACAGGGUCCGAUUUGAUCGGUCCUGUUGGUACAGAUACUUUGCAGCACCAGGGACAACAAGAGCAACAUCAUGGAAACCAAUUGCGGGAGGAUCAUCAGCACACCCAUGACCAUAACCAGCACCCACAUCAUCCAGAUAUCCACAUGCCAGCCACACCACACCAAAUAGACAACGUGCACCCCACAGGUCAAAGAAGCACUCAAGAUGGGAAUCCACAUGACCACCACCAAAUACACCACACCCAAACCGAGGCAAUAGCCCAAGAGGACCUCGAUCUCGAGAUGUUAAUCGGCUCACACGGCGCCGACGAUGCCGAUAUGGACUCCUCAUUGGACAACCAUCAUCAGCCAACGUCGUCAAGCCCAUCUCCACCCUCAGGCUCAGAUCCGGAUUCGCUGCACGUAGGGGAGAGUGAUGAUAGGUCUGGAACCGGUGGGGUGGAUGGACGCCGCCCGGGAAGAGUAUGA